UUUAUUUAUAGUGGUGAAUGUGGUGUAAUUAGACAAAGUCUAGUCGAAAUGAAGCAUUAAAUAUUGAUUAGUCGUUGUGUGACACCGAAGUGAAAAUGUUGGAUUUUUUGAUAAAUCUUUCGUUAUUUUCGGUAAUCGUAUUUUCGUUACCUUUAGUUUGCUUCACGUUUUUGGUUUUAAAAAUCUAUAGGGCGCUUUGGUGGAAUUUGUUAACAAGGUUACAUCCCGAUGUCGAAUUCGUCAAGUACGACACUGUCAGAUCCCUUUUGGACACGCAUAGAAACCAGGGAAUAAUAAGCGUAUUACUCACUGUUAAAGGCCCAGUCCAAACCGAAAAAGUUCGAAGGCAUAUACAGGAAGUAAUUCGUCGAAAGGACAAAUUUGGUAAUUUGGCAUUUUUGCGGUUACGCCACUGCUUAAUUACCAAAUGCGGUGCAUACGCUUGGCAAAGUAGAAAAUUCGAUUUAGAUCAACAUUUGACAGUUGCGCCAUUCACGUACAAAGGAAGAGCUGUUACAGGUUACAACAUUCAGGAAUACGUUAGUGAAAUUGUAUCCAAAUACCUACCAGGAAAUAUUCCUCCAUGGCAAAUUACGAUCAUCCCUUCCGCAGAAGAUCAACAUUAUAUUCUAUUCAAACUUCAUCAUCUUCUGCUUUCGGAGGGGUUAAAUAUCGGUGAUCUUUUACCAUUAAUACCACCGACUAAACCAUCUAUAGGGUCCGACGUAUCGAAAAGUCCUUUAGUAACGGUUUUAAAAAAACCGGAAGCUAUACUAAUAUUAAGAGAUCGAUUAACUGAAGAAAUAUCUAAUCGUUGGAACGAAUUCGUAGCUAAUAACGACCCCUUAGAACGACCGGAAUUACUAAAACACACCCUUUCCUUUUCCCAAUUCAUUUCGUUUUGUUUACUCAGUUUCGUAUCGGUAAUAAGGGAUUGUAAAAAGGGUUUUAGAGUGAUAAAUAAUGAUAUUUAUACGAGGUUCGGAUAUAUAGUUAAAUCAAUUUUUAAAGAAACCGAAAAAAGGGAAGUUAAUUUAAAAACGUUUUUUUCAUCCCUAUUAAAAUCUUCCAACCCCAAUAAUAUAAUAUCGAAUAUAAUAUUUUUUAUUUGUUAUAUACCCGUUAAUAUAACGAUUUUUAUAUACAGGGAAAGUCAAGUUUUUCUCUGUUGUUUAACUAUGGGUCAUUGCCCUUAUCCCGAUAGUAUCGUGGGGUUUCUAUACGCAUUUGUACCCUUAUUAUUCACCUCUUUAAGCGAGUUCACUUAUAUGGGAUCGAUAUUAUUCAAGGCCCCCAAAACUAUAAUACAAGAUAUACUUUUGCAAGACGAAUCUUUUCAAACUUUCACGUUGUGCGGCAGAAAAUCCGUCGCGUGGUCGGAGCCCGUGAAACGGGAUUUAAUUAAAGGCGUGGCUAGACGGGCCGGGACGUCCGAAACGGAAGUGAUGCUAUCGGCGGUAUCUUCGUGUUUAUCGGAUUAUUUUUCGAAAAGCGAUCAUUACAUACCUAACGAUAUACCGGUGACUAUAAGAAAUAUAUCUUCGAAUUACAUAUUCGCUACGGGGCCUAAUAUUAGAUCGGAAAACGCCGUCAGUGGGAUUUUAUGUAUGAAUCUCGCCAUUCCCGAUCCCGAUGACGGUACUAACGAGAUCGAAACCCUGUUGGAUAUCAAGAAAAAGUUCAAGGCCUCGUUGGAAACGCAAGGAUUGUCGCAUCUAUUGACGAUACUGCAAACUAAAUUUAGAUUUUUAACCCAACUUUUACCGCCGACGGUAUUAAGCGUUUAUCUGAAAUAUUUAUCGAGGAAAUACGCAGUCAGCGUUGCCGAGAUUACUAGUAAUUACCCAAAUGUUACCCAGAAAACGAUUUGGGGUCAAGAAGUGUCGAGCGUUAUUUAUUGGAGGCCUACGCAAGCAAAUAUGUGUAUUUCUCUUUGUUUAAAUGAAUAUUCUGAUCAAGUAAAAUUAGCAGUGAUGUGCGAUAGUCAAUUAGUUCCGUACCACACGUAUUUAGUUAAAAGUUUUGCUGCGAAUAUUAAAAAUUUAAAAAGAGCUUUCAAAGAAGGAAUCGGAAUACAUCAUUAAGAAAAUUAAAAAUCAUAUAUUUUUAUUACAAAUAAAAUACUUAAUCUAA